AUGGCGCGCCUCGUGCUGGCGCUGUUUGCCGGCCUAACUGCAGCAGAAGACUGCCAGGCGGACCAGGGAAGUUGCAGCACCCACCUCCUUCAAGCCCAAGUCGACCGCCGUGCGGUUUCACGCCACCACUGGCCCACUUUUCGAGGGCGCAGUCAGACCGCGGCGUCCGCCGAGGGUCCACCCCGGGACCUGGGGUCGCCCGCCUGGUCCUGGCAGCAUCCUAAGGGCCAGUAUCACACCAUCAUGUCCGGUGGGCCCAUCAUCGACAAGGACUCGAACCUGUACCUCAUGACGGCACAAGGCAUCCGCAAGUUCUCUCCUGACGGAGAAGAGCUCUGGACCUUUGCAACGCCAGGCCGUUCCAACAACGAGCCCUCCCUUUAUGGCAACAUGCUGUUGAGCACGACCACCACAGGCGUGGCCUUUGCAGUCGACCGGAACACUGGCAAGGCUGUUUGGGCGAACCAGCUGGCGACGAGUGCCGGCGGGGACUGUGGCUAUCCCGCGGCACACAACGGAGUCUUCGUUUUCGGACUUGAUGAGGGCGAGGACAAGAGGAUUGUUGGGGGCAACUCGAAAGUGUUCGGCCUGGAUGCACAGACCGGAGACCAACUCUGGGAGUAUUCUCCGGAUCACGUGGUCUGGAACCUGUCGCCUCUUUUUCCCGACGACAGAUCGGUAGUCUUCAUGGACUUCACAGGUGGAAUGUACAAGCUCUCGCUCCAGACUGGCAAGCCAGUGUGGAAGACCCCAGCACGGAACUCCAGCGAGUCCUUCUCGGAUGGCGGCCCAUCUCUGGGACAGAAUGGCAAAGUCUACACGUGCAGCAACUAUGCCAAUAGCACGGGAGGUGUGGGUUCAACAGGCGUCGCUCGUGCCUAUGACCUCGAGUCGGGAAAAAUGGCAUGGGAGCAGAUCCUGUCAGAGCCUUGCAACUCCUUCCCUGCCGUAGGAACUGUUCGAGGCCACGACGGCCUCGCCACGGUGUUCCUGCCUGGCGCAUUUAGUGGUGCACCCGACUUGAAGGCCAGCAUCCUCGCGCUUGAUGCAAAUACCGGAAAGCACCUCUGGCAGUUCAAUACCGAGAGCUUCACCGGGAUUAUGAACUUGGCGGCCGGUGAGGUCGAGGGCCUGGUCGCUCGGCAGGAAGAAGGAAUCCAGGUCAUGUGCGGGCCUGCCCACUGGUCUGCACCGACCAUCGACGGGAACGGGACCGUCUAUGGGCUGCGGAUGAAUGGGAAGCUCUACGCGGUGCAUGGGCCGCAAGACAGUGUGGACACCAAGGAGCUCAACCCCUCCCUUGUCCGCGACCCUGCAACCGGCGUGGUUGCGGAAGUGCGCGCAAUUGGCAGUUGCGGUCUCCACGGUGCCAUGGCUUGGGCUCCGGGCCUCUACGCCAUGUCCACCUGCGACACCUUGCUUGUGUACCGCACGACGACGCCCUAG